CUCCUCCUCCUCCUCCAGCACCGCCACCUCCUCUUCCUCCUCCUCCCGGCCGCUGCGGCGCGGGGGCUGCGGGCGGAGCGGCAGGCGCCAUGAGCGGGGCGGCGGCGGCCAAGAGCGAGAAGCUGGACGAGGCUCAGGCGCUGGCCCGCAGCUGCGCGGGCAGACCUGACUUCCAGCCCUGCGACGGACUCUCGCUCUGCGCCACCCACAGCCACGGCCGCUGCUUCCGCCUGCACUGGUGCUGCCACCUGGGAUGGUGCCACUGUAAAUACGUCUACCAGCCCAUGACGCCGGUGGAGCAGCUGCCCAGCACGGCGAUCCCGGCGCGGCCCCGGGAGCCCCCCAGCACCAUCCAGAUCUCGGUGUCUCUCACGCAGCACUUCCUCAAGUUCGCUCCCGUCCUGCAGCCGCCGCUGCCGCCGGCCUCGCCGCGGCUCUGCGCCAUCGCCGACCUCUUCCUCGACAGCUACCGCGUCAAGUGCAUCAACGGCAAGAUGUGCUACGUGCAGAGGCAGCCCCCGGCGCCGCCGCUGCGGAGCGGGCCCCGCCCGGUGCCCGCCGGCAGCGCCUUCGGCACGGAGGAGAGCGGCACAGCAAAGCCGGAGCACUGCUCGUCCCCCUCCAGCUCCGAGGACUCCGGCAUCAACGCCGUGGGGGUUCACUACAUGGAGUCGUGUGACGAGGACACGGAGGGGGUGGCCGAGCUCAGUUCAGAGGAGGAUUACAGCCCGGAUAGCAGCUGGGAACCGGACGAGUGCCCGCUCCUGUCGCCCUCGCAGUGUGAGAUGGAAGUGAUCGAGACGAUAGAAACCACUGUGUGACCCCACAGGCUGGCAGCAGCGCAGCCCAGCUCCCACUCGGAGACGUUGCUUUUGUAGUCUUUCUCUUUUCUGUUUCCCCCCACAAUCUCUCUUUUCCAGUGCACCUGAGGGUUCGGAUUCCCGGACUGCAGCCGCGGGACUCGCGUGUCGGUAACCGAGCAGCAGCCUGAGCCGCUGGAGCACAUCCUCAGCCCCACCGAAGCCAUCUGCACCUGGGGGGAUGAUCAGGCUCAAGACUUCUGCAGCUGAGACAGGUCCUGUGCUUGGCCUGGGCUCCACCAUGCACUGAUCACACCAGGACGUGCACUCGAGAUGGUACCAUCUGCCAGGAUGUUCAAAGCACAGGGGCUGAGCUGGUGCAGGACUCUUGCCAGUAGCAGAAGCAA